AUGGAUAUGAAGAAUGCUUUUCAUCAUGGUGAUCUCCAAGAAGAGAUUUACAUGAAGCUUCCCUCUGGUAUGACUAAUUCUUCUCCUCAUGAUGUUUGUAAGCUAAAACGUUCUUUGUAUGGGCUCAAGCAGGCGCCCCGGGCUUGGUUUGAGAAGUUUCGCAGUACAAUUCUUUCUUUCAACUUUACCCAAAGUCAAUAUGAUCAUUCCCUCUUCUUCCACAUGUCUGCGUCAGGUAUAGUCCUUCUCUUGGUUUAUGUGGAUGAUAUUAUCAUUACUGGCAUUGACUAUAGUUUGAUUACUAAGCUUCAGCAGUUGUUACAUACAACUUUCCAUAUAAAAGAUCUUGGACAACUCACAUACUUCUUAGGAUUGGAAGUUCAUCAUUGGGCUAGUGGUAUUUUCGUGAACCAGCAUAAGUAUAUUCAAGAUCUUAUCACUUUGGCUGGUUUGGAGGACACUUCUUCUGUUGAUACUCCUAUAGAGGUAAAUGUCAAAUACAGGAAAGAUGAAGGGGACCUUCUGGAUGAUCCUACUCUCUAUCGGCGCCUGGUUGGGAGUCUUAUUUACUUGACCACUACUCGACCUGAUAUUUCCUAUGUUGUUCAUCAAGUUAGUCAGUUUAUGACUUCUCCUCGGCAUCUCCAUCUUGCUGUAGUUCGAUGCAUCAUCCGCUAUCUUCGAGGUUCACCUACUCAUGGGUUGUUCUUUCCUACCGGCUCCUUUCUUCAACUUGUUGCCUAUAGUGAUGCUGAUUGGGGUGGGUGUACAGAUACACAUCGAUCUACUACGGGUUGGUGUAUGUUUUUAGGUGAUGACUUAAUUUCUUGGAGAUGUAAGAAACAAGAUCGUGUUUCUAAAUCCUCUACUGAGGCCGAGUAUCGUGCCAUGUCUACUGCUUGUUUUGAAAUUAUAUGGUUAUGCGGUCUUCUUGAGGAGCUUGGGUUUCCUCAUACUACUUCUACACCUCUUCAUGCUGAUAACACUAGUGCUAUUCAAAUUGCCACCAAUCUUGUUUUUCAUGAACGUACCAAGCACAUUGAGGUUGAUUGUCAUUCGAUUCGAGACACCUUGAAAAGUCGGGUGAUAUCUCUUCCUCACAUCUCUUCUGAUCUCCAAGUGGCUGAUAUCUUCACCAAAGCUUUGACUCGACAACGACAUCAAUUUCUUAUUGGCAAAUUGUUGCUGGUUGACUUACCAACAUCAAUUUGA